AUGGACAACGUGACAUAUCCUGUGAUAUUGACACUUAUGGUGCCAAAAGAAACUAAAUCAUAUAGGCAUGUAUAUUUUAUUUGUUUUCUUGCAUUAUAUGUGCUCAUCUUGUCAAUUAAUAUUCGUCUUGUUAUGGUCAUUGUCACGGAGAAAGCUCUUCAUGAACCAAUGUACAUAUUCCUGGGUCAUCUGUGUGUAAAUGGGGUUUAUGGAGCCUCAGGAUUCUACCCUAAAAUUUUGUCUGAUUUAAUACUGGAUUCAUAUGUGAUCUCCUCUAACAUGUGUACUUUGCAAACCUUUGUUAUCUACAGCUCUUUUCUCUCUGAGAUCACAAUAUUAACAGUGAUGGCUUAUGACAGAUACGUAGCCAUAUGUAAACCUUUAGACUAUCAUUCCAAAUUAUCUAAAAACACCUGUGUAAAAUUAGUUCUGCUCUCAUUGGUUGUUUCAAACACAUUUUCAAUUGCAUCAGUCCUGUUAUCAAAAUUAAGGCCCUUUUGUAAAUAUCACAUUGACAAAUUAUAUUGUGAUAACUGGUCAAUUGUAAAACUGUCUUGUACAUCAAAUUUUGUUAACAAUGUCUUAGGAUAUGCCAUGACAGUCAUAUUUUUAAGCUUUAUAGUUUUUAUCAUAGUGUCCUACUUUAAACUAAUCGCUGCAUGUAAAUCUUCUUUAGAAAACAGAAAGAAAUUUUGGCAAACGUGUCUGCCACACAUAUUUUCACUUAUUAAUUUCACUGUUGCUUAUCUUUUUGAUAUCAUGUAUAGUAGAUAUGGUGCAAAUGACAUUCCAGAGAGUUUGCGUAAUUUUUUGGCUCUAGAACUGGUGAUAGUUCCGCCUGUGUUCAAUCCUCUAAUCUAUGGGUUAAAUAUUAGAGCAGUGCGCAAAAGAGUUUUCACUCAAUGUGUUGCAUCAAGAGUAAAUGCUUCACUAACAAUCAAAAUUUAA